AGAAGCCAAAAUGGCGGAGUAUUGUACACAUGUGUAAAUCGAAUUUACACCGAAUGCUUCAAUUAAACAGCUCAUCUUGUUGAUUCUGCGAUUAUUUAUAGCAUAUAAGGAGCAAAAAAUGUAUGCUAUUCUUCUGAUAUGACUAAGAUAGUCCAAAGGCAAUGUCUCAGAAAAUAUCUGAUACUAACAUUCUGACUGGAGAACCUCUCAUUUCUUCAACUCCACCACUUAUAUUGCUUCAGUCAGAAGAAGACCUUACUUCUGAUCUGUCACCUAAUCAGACAGGUGAAAAUCCUUCCUCUAGUACAAUUGACUCAGCAUCAGAUGUCACAUUACUUGACUCAAAAGCAGAUGACACUGGAAUCUCAAACAGCAAUGCAGGGUCUUGUGAUCCAGUUCCUAAUACGGAGAACAGCAAGCUAACUAGCAGUGGCACAGCAUCUUCAUCUGUGCAUGAUGAAUCCUGGAAUAUAGAGAAUCUACUGACAGAGGACAAGAAUCCAUUCAGCACAUUGACAGAAGAGCACUUAAGUCGCUUGGAGGAUGUUCUUUCCAGCGAAGAGGUACGCAGCUUUUUGCAGCAAACCCAGUUGCAGGAACUGAGCUCCGGUCUUGCAGAAAACCCAGCUGUAAGUUCUGCCACAGGUGCUGGUGCUGUGCAGGCUGGUACAAGCUCUUCCUCUGAUGACCCUCUCAAGCUGGACGUCUUUCAGAACCAAGCAUCAGCCUCCUGUAGCCUCAUAGAUGAUGCACUUGCUGGUCAGGUGAUUGAGGAUGGUGUUCGAGAACAUGACUUGGCAGCAAUGGCUGCUGCUUUCAUUGACCAUGCAUAUGCACUGCCUUAUGUUGAUGCUUUCACGGAUAGUACUACAUCUUCACCACGAAAAUCUGCUCGAAUCAAACAGCGAGCCGAUGACGGCAAAAGUGCUUAUGACAGUGAUUUUGAGUACUAUCUUACAAGCAGCAGGCGAGGGCGUAGAAAAGAGGAGCCAUUUGAAGAAGAGGGGACACAAACAGAGUCUUCUCAGAGUCCCGCAGUUAGAUCCCCUAGCUCUGGACCUUCUCAACCGAAACGGCGGUCUACACGUAUUGUGGACAUGGAAAAUAGAGAAAAGGCUGAAAAGAUACUGCAGGAAAAUCGUUUGAAAGAGCAAGAAGCUAAAGAGGCCAUGUUGAAAAGUGCAGAGAAAGAGGCAGAAACUCCAGAUGAAGGAAAAGUGGAGCCACGAGUGGGAAGGAAACCGAAAAAGAAGCGGGGACGAAUCGGCAGAGGAAAAGGUAGACGUGAGCCAGAAGAGGAAGAUGAGGAAGAUGGGUGUGAUGCUGAAGAUGAAGAGAAAGGGAAAGUUGCAGCAGAAAAACCCAAGAUGAAAGGGAGAAGGGGAAGGAGACCUGCAGGCACUGUGUUGUCCCUGGCUAUGUCUGCAGCCUCCAGUGUGGAUGUUGAAGGAGUUGGAGAGGUGAAAAAAGAACAAAAACCAGCAGCAGGGAAGCCAGGGAGAAAAAGGAAAAUUCAUCCACAAGCAAAACAAGCAGAGAGAGAGCAAAAGAGUGAACAGGCUGAUGAUAAGACAAGCCAGGACUUCACAUGUAAUAAUGGCCAAGGUGAUAUCGUAGAAAAAUCUGUUAAAAUGGAACACACAAGCUUGGAAACAAAGCCAGCUACAUCUGAUACCAAUGUGAGGGUUACUGAGGUAAAGCAGACAGAGGUCAGCACACAGAAGAUGUGUACACUCAUCCAAGGCCAGAGUAAAUUCACCAGUCACUGGAGAAAAGGCAUGAAAAUGAAAACAGCUGGCAGGAAAGCACUAUCUGCUCCUGCAAAAAAAAGGAAAAAAGUUAAUUCGCAAGAUGUAAAAGAUGAAGAAGGCAGUGAAGAAGAUGAUCUACCUUUGAAAGCUUUUACAAAGGGUCUAAAGAAAGAAAUCAGACCAACAGAUAAGGGUGACAGAAUAGAUGAACAAGUUGGGGGAAAGCAGAAGCAACAAAAAGGUUUGCUGCCAACACACCGUAUAUCAUCAGAAGGUGUGAAGCCUAUCUUAUCAGGGGACAAGAAAAAAAUUGGCACCAAGCAAGCAUCUUCUACAGGGUUAAGGGGUACAAUCAAACAAGUUUUUGAUGACAAGAAGUUGAAAACUCCAGAAGGUCGUGAAAAAAAAGUUGCAGCAAGCAUGGAAAUCAAGAAAGAGAGUGAUCACAAGACACCCGAAAAAGCAGAUGGAAAGGCUCGUAUCAUAAAGUCUGGGGAAAAGGUUGAAGAUUCUCAUUGUCCUAAGCAGCACAAGCACAAGCAUAGGAAAUCUGAGGAGAUCAUCAUUGAUCCUACUGUUACAGAUCUCUUUAAACCAGAUGGAAUUAUACCCACAGACCCUGUCAAGAAAGAAGAAGCAGAUGCAGUAGAUGGGAAAGGGCAACAUCACAACAUCAUUUCUGUGGUGAAAGUGGAGCCUGCAGGAGAGGGUAACAUGCAAGUAGCCCAGCAAGUCAGACCGGCUGAUGUUGGAGCUAGUGUCAGAUCUGCUGAUGUUGGGACUGGUGCCAGACCAGCCGAAGCUGGAAUUGGUGUCAAACCCACUGGUGUUGGAGGUGUUAAAUCUGCCGAAGCUGGAACUGGUGCCAGACCUAUUGGUGUUGGAGGUGGUGUUGAACUAGCUGAAGCUGGAACUGGUGUUGGAGGUGGUGUUAAACCAGCUGAAGCUGGAACUAGUAGUAGACCUGGUGUUGAAGGUGGUGUUAAACCAGCUGAAGCUGGGGGUAGUGGCAGACCAAAUGGUGUUGGAGGUGGCAUUAAACCAGUUGAAUCUGGAGGUGGUGUAAAACCAGCUGAAGCUGGGCUGGUGGAAGACCUGCUAAUGUUGGAGCUUGUAAAACCAGCUGAAGCUGGAGCUGGUGUCAGCAGUCAGGGAACAGAAGAAAAGAAAGGGUUAGCGUCUAAAGGAAGUAGUCAUUCCUGUGAGGUUGGCUCUGACAAGAUUCCUAGUGCCAGUGAUAAGACACUCAGUACUAGUAGCAUGGAGUCUGAACAUGCUGCACGUGUUAAAAUGAAUCUAGUGCACAACAGAGUUGUUCCCUCCAGGUCACAAGACACCAUGAUAGAAAUGUGUGAAGGUAAUUCUGAAGGUGCCAAGAGUGCUUUGAAAUCUGUACCCAAAAUUAUAAAAGAACAUGGUACUGAUCUGAAGACAAAGGAUAACAAAAAAUCUGGCAAAAACACAGAUCACAAACAUCUGCAUGCCAAGAGUUCGCUUGAAGAUACUGGCCAUGAGAGUGGUGAUUUAAGUUAUGAAGAUGAUGAAAAUGACUCUGAUUGGGAACCUGCUCAUGAUCCACAUACCUUAUACUGUAUAUGUAGGAGACCCCAUGGUAACAAGUUUAUGAUAUGCUGCGACAAGUGUCAGGAAUGGUACCAUGGCCAUUGUGUGGGUGUGUCACGUUCCCAAGGUCACCAGAUGGAGCAAGAAAACAAAGAGUAUAUUUGUCCUGUCUGUACAGGCACGUUUGUAAUAGAAGACAAAGGAAGUGCUGAUACAGGGAAGAGAGAUUCCCUCGCCGCAAGUGGCCAGGAAGGAUCCAAAAAAGCUGAGGGAAAAAACACAGGGAAAAGACAAGGUUCAGUCUCCAAAGAUAUUUCUUCUUCAAAGUUGUUGCCAAAAGAGAAAAAAGAAAAAUGGAAGCUUCAACGCUGUGUUGCUAAUGACUGUCGACGAGAGGCAAGAUUGGGGUCUGUGUACUGCAGUACUGCUUGCAUUGUUCGACAUGCCCAGGACUCAUUACGUCUUUUGCACAAGAACACAGAGCAGGCAUCAGGCCUCAAGGAGAAGGCGUCUGACAGACGCAGCUCCAGUGAAGACAAUCGUGUUAUGGUGUUGGAACGGCGAAGCGGACGUGUUUUGUCUGGAUCUCAGGCACCUACUGAGGCCCAGCUUGAGAUAUGGUUAGAAACACAUCCAACAUUUGAAGUCCUGCAACCAUCUGUAACAUCUUCAUUCUACAAAAGUAAAGAAAAGGACAAACCCCGAAAACACAAAAGCCCUCAUGGACAAAUUCCAGUCAAAAAGGUAGAAGAGAAGAAAGAAGCAGACUCAGGGGCAAACAAACAUAGCAAGUCAGAUGAUGGGCCAGAUCUAGUGCGCCUCAAUGUUAGAAAAACACUGCGUGAUGCUCUAGCUACAAGAGCUGAGGAUGCAGAUGACAUCAUGCUGUCUACAAGUGAGAUUAAGCAUCUUGCACUGGCUAUAGAGGAAGAAUUAUUUAAAGUAUAUAACAGCACUGGACACAAAUACCGAGCCAAAUACCGAACACUUCUUUUUAACCUGAAGGAUCAAAAGAAUAAGGGUCUUUAUCGUAAGGUGUUGACAGGGAAGAUUAAGCCAUCCCACCUGGUAAAGAUGACCACGGAAGAGCUAGCAUCACGAGAAUUGGCAAAAUGGAGGGAGAUGGAAGUCAAACAUGCACUGGAAAUGAUUGAGCAGACAGAGAAAGAAGCCAUGAAAGGAGGGCAACAUCAUAUCAGAAAGAAGACACAUAAGGGCGAGGUGGAAGUAGAAGAUGAAGAUAUGAGCACUUUGGUGUCGCGUGUUGAAGAGCAAAAGACCAAACCAGAGAGUAAAGAGGAGGAGACAGCUGUUAGUACAGUUGUGGAUACAACAGAUCAGCAUCGUACUCAUCUCUUUGACCUCAACUGCAAGAUCUGUACUGGCAAAAUUCUACCACCUGCAGUAGAGGAGACUUCUACAAAGCCAAAGAGUAUGGCCCACACUGUCAGUGAGGAGGAAGAGGACAAAGCAAUUCCUGCCAAGACUGCUCAAGAGAAAAAGGAGAGAGAAAUAAAACCAGAUGCUGCUGCUCUUAGCGCCCGCUAUGUACAUUCCAGUGAUGGUGAAGCCAUAGUCCCUGUUGUCAGCCAGAGAACACCAUCCCUGUCUCAUGUCACUGUUGGAUCUCCAGAUUCUGCACUGCAGUCAGGAUUAGAAUCAAAACCAAAGUUUACACCAUCAGGACCCAUGUUGUGGAAAGGAUUUAUCUCAAUGCAAGACUUUGCAAAGUUCUUCACAUCUGCCUACAAAGUGUCUGGUCCUGUUGAAAAUUUGACCUUACCAGACACUGUACAGAUUUGUGGUCGUAUAAGUCCUGAUCAGAUGUGGGAUUAUUUGGGCAAGAUUCGUCAAGCUGGUUCACGAGAUAUCUGCAUCUUACGAUUUAUUCCUGGAAGUGAUGACGAAAAAGUGGCCUACGUCCAUUUAUAUUCAUACCUGAACAGUCGAGGGCGAUGUGGUGUAGUGGGAAAUGUUCCCAAGGAUAUUAAAGAUCUUUACUUGGUACCCUUGGCUUCCCACAGCAAAAUACCACAAGUUCUUCUUCCAUUUGAUGGUCCAGGCCUGGAGAGCAAUCGCCCCCAUAUGCUGGUUGGCAUUAUUGUACGCCAAAAAUCCAAGCGACCCAGUGACUGGCAGCCUCCAAGCAAGACAACCACUAGCACCACAGUGUCUCACGAUAGUCCAUCUCAGAGUAAGAAGAUGCGCAUGUCAUCAAAAGACACUGAAGCUUACUCACCCACUGCCCAAGGAGAGGAUACAACUGGUCAUGAGCCACUGUACAUACCAACACCAACUGUUGCCAUUCAGCGCUCAAAUGCUUCAGCCACCUCUUCGUCUUCUUCUACCCCAUCUUCCUCAGACAGAGGAUCUUCAUCAGUUUCUUCAGCCACUCUGCCAUUAAGUACAAGUUUGAACUUGCCAUCACAAAAAAGUUCAAAGGUGCUUAUCUCUGGAUCAGGGAAGGCAAGGAGGCGCACAACAACUCGUGAUGGCGCUGAACCUUAUUCACCCAGCAACAUAGUAGAGGCUGAUGCUCCAUAUGAUCCAGAAGAUGAGAGUCAGUUUGUGGAGAUGGAGGUGAGUAGCAGCAUUGAAGAUGUGGGGGCCAUUCCUGAGAGCAGCAGCACAGGUCCAGAGGCUCAGUCACGCGAGGGCAGCAGCAAAGAAAAGAGUGUAUCACGAGAGGCAAGUGCUGUGUCUGCUUCUAGCUCACUCAGUGUGGACAGCAUUGUCCAGAAAAUCUCUGCUAGCACGAGUCCUCAGGAGAUCUCAGCUCUCAUGGUCACAGCACUGGCAUCAGCCAAGAACUCUGCAGAGCAGCAGCAGCUGCUAGCCUUAUUGGCCAGCAGGGUGGAACAGCAGAAAAAGAUCAAUGCAAAGAAAAAGUUUAAAGACAAACACAGUCAGCCAGUAGAUGGAAGGGAAGUGUUGCCAUCUGAGACAAGUGUUUUUGCUUCUGAUUUGGAGUCACAGCUCAUCCUUUCAUCCUCUUCUGUAAACACAGAGCUAAGCAGUAUCACAGUCAGUCAGUCUUUGUCCACAUCAGCUGGGCCAGCAACUGUGCACACCCCAAGCAUCAAGAUUGGUGUCACAUUGGCUGGUCAGCAGAGCAUAAAUCCAGCUCAGUCUAUUUCCAGAAUCUCUUCUUUAACUCCAGAUACAGAAAACAUGCCACUUGCCUUAAAGGCACUAAUGGAAGACCUCAAAGGCAACACGCAGAUGAGCAAGGCUGUUGAUAAAAGAACUGAACGAGAUCGUCGAGAUCUGGAAAAAAAAGAAUCCUCACAGCUAGCAAAAGAUACACCUGUUAGAGUUGGCCAAGCUGUUUCCAGCAUAGCAGAUCCAGCUGACUGUAAAGCAGAAACAAACAUCACUGAAGGCAAAGUUGAGAUUUUGGAACCAAUCAUUCCUGGCCUUGGGGGGGUGGAAGAUGAAGUGAAGGAAGGAAAUAAUAUGACAGUUAAUACUGAAGUUAUUGAAUCAAACAGUAUUUUUGGAAUGCUUGCAUCUUCUAAGCUUGCUGAAAGUGAUAACAUGGUCAGGACAGGACCUGCUGAUAAUGGAGAUCAGCUCAAAAUGAUGGGACUGAAUGCUCCUGCUACUUUGGCACUUGGUGAUACAGACCUGCGUCAGCUGGUGCUACCAGGUCUGGAUUCCAAGUUCUCUGGUUCUGUAGAGCAGGUGAGCAAGUCUGAUGAGGUUAUUCUCUCCUUACAAGACCAGGAUGACCGAUUUCCACCAAAGACAGGUUUUUCAGGCCUUCCUUCCACUGUUUCAGCUUCAUCACCUCUCCUGCAUCCAUCCUUACCUCCUAGAUUUGCAGCAUCCCACAGACUACCUACUUCCUCUGGAUCUUCUAUUCAUCCUUUGCACAGUCAGCAUCCACUAGACAUUCAAGAUGUUGAUCACCGCCGCCCUCCUCAUUCUGCUGGGCCAUAUUCUAGUGGUGCUGUUGGCCUUCCGUUGUUUUCUUCACGAACAUCAACCCAACCACCCCCGCCUGGAACUGAAAUGGAAGACACAGCAAUGGCAAGAUGCUUUGGAGUUGUUGGUGUAGGAGAUGUAGAUAUGAGGCAACAAGCCCCAAAGAGAGGUGGUGCUCCGCUUACUGCUGGGGAUCAGUCUGUUGAAAAAGUACCCCGCCGUGAUUCCAAACUGCACGGGGUCAUCACUCAGCAGCCACCACCCCUUCCUCCUUUACCCCCACAACCACCACCUCCUCCUCCUCCUCCUCCCAGCACUUCACUAGCAGCUGCUGGCCCUGAUCCAGAGACUGGCAGGAUUCCUCCUGAAUUUGGAGAUCGAUCUAGUUCCAUGACCUUCCGUCCAGAGAUAGGCAGACAUGGGAAGAUAGAGCGCCCCAGUGGAGGAGUAGCACACCGAGAAGAAAGCCAGUCUCUGAUCCCUGCAAGAGGGGACAGCACUGGUCAGGACUAUCACCCUAGGCAGCAGCACAGUAGUGAACACCACCCACGGUACUCACCCUUGCAUGGUCGUCGUCAUUACCACUCAUCUCCUCAUCAUCACAGAUAUGGGCAACAUGCAUCUGAUGGAAACCGGCACAGCAAGAAUAGUCAUUUGAACAGAGGGAGACAUUAAUCAUUUUGGUUUAAAUCCCCUCAUGAAAUACUAUGAAAUUCUGCAUACAUGUGGAAAAUUUGAUAUUCAGUUUCCAUCAGCUUUAGGUGUGCUCGUAAUUUUUUACCUAUAGUGAAGCGUUCACAAUGUAGCCAUGUUUUAGGGAAAGAAAAAUAAGAACCACAUUCAAAAAUUGCUUGUAAAAUGAUUGUUGAUAGAGUUAUGUUUCAUCAGCAGGACAAAAAUACAUUACCUGUGACACUUAGAUGUUUGGCUUAGAAGUGUGUAAGCUUGGAUUUGUCUGUUGGUAUCCAUUCAGCAAAGUUCACAUUCACAAACUCUCAUGCAGUAAAGAAAGAGAACCAGAAAAAGCAUUGUUUAUGGCUAGGGUGCAGCAUUCUCAGGGACAUAUUCAGAUCUAGAGGGUGCUGGGAGAAUUUUUGUAUAGGGCUUGCCACACAAAAGCUAUUAAUAUCUUCAAGUAAAGAAUUCACUUUGUUCACAUCUGUUUAGCUUGUCAGAUCUUGAAAGCUUUUGUUUAGAUACUUUCAGUAUCUAUUUAAUGCAUCGCUUCUGUCAUGUUUUUGGAGACUGGGAUACCAAUGUGCAUUUUGUUCAAGUGACCCUGCCAAGGUGUUUUAUCAUUAUUUAGUUUUCAGACAUUGAAUAUAAAGAAACUGCAAUUAUUCUGCAUGAUAUGGACCAACCAGUGUGUUGUUUGGGUUUUCUGUAUGAAUACCUGGAAAAGUUUGUAACAGUGAAGAGCAUUAACUUUCCUAGAGAGGAGAAACAUCCCAAACAUGCAAGGGUCAAAGAACGUACACAAAGAGGGCACAGUGUACAGAGGGUAGAUAAGUAAGCAUGAUGGUCCUGGUAGAGCUGUGUAUUGCGAUGAUAUGGUCUCCAUUGCUGGUGUGGUGUAAAACAAUGACAGCAGUCUGAGAAUGCUCUUUUUCAGUGUGACAACCCGUUCAGUUUGAAAACUUGAAUAGGGAAGAGCAUGUGACAUGAGAUGUUUGAAUAUGAUUUUGUGGAGCUCUGUAAGGCAGGGUUUAGAAGUGUUUGUGAGGAAGGAAACAGCUGCUUGCUGGGAAUGGUUGUGACAGUUUACACAGAAGUAAAUGAAUAUGUAAAGGUUGAUUGAUGAUGUUCAUCUACACAUAAUCAUAAAUAAGGUGGCAAAAAUAAUCAGGAAUGUUUGUAUGGUGUUAGCAUGAAGUGCGGCCCUAUGCUUCUCUAGGAGUAACAAGGACUAAACUAGCAUGAAGUCUUGAGUAAUUAAAGAAAUGUGAACAUUAAUCUUUUUACAGUAUCUGCAUUGCCACAGGUAAUAAUCACCAGAAUGUUAAGACUUUGGUCAGUGCAAGAAGCCUUUACAAGAUUGAAAACAUCAAAAUUGCAAGUUAGCCCAGAUGCAUUUAUGUACAGUGUUUCCCAUCCAUAAAAACAAGAUAUUUUCAGAGCCCCAGUUCAAAAUGUUUAUUCAUUCAUCCCUUUGCUAGUUCACAAAGGGUUGUGCUGAUCCACCAGAACUGGUCAUUGCAGUUAGGAGGAGGGGGCAACUGUAUAUCUGCACUAGUUGAUGAUGCUCGCCACUUAUGCCUGUCAUGUUUGCCAUGAGUUCUUCCUUGGUGUUGACCCCACUCCCCCAUUUGUGCAGUAUAACUGUUGCGAGAAGUCAUGGUGGCAAAUAUGAGUCCACAUUUCCCAUCCAUACAGUAAGAUGGCAACUAUAAGGGAUUUACAUAGUCUGUAUUUGGUAGCAGAUCUGAUAAUGUUGCACCAGAUCCUGUUCAACAGUCAGUAGCUGUUGCAAUGCUGAUGCAGAUGUCAGAUGUAAUCUUUGGAAUGAUUAGCUCCCAAAUACUUAAAGCUGUUCACCUCCUCAAGCUGUUUGCUGUUCAUGUAGCUCUCUGCUGUUGUUGCCAUUGGCAUUAACCAUGAUUUUGCUGUUGUCAGUGAUGACCUCCAUUUCAUGUGUUCAAAUUAUCAGUCAGUAAGGUCUUGUAGUUUGCUCUAGGUUCCCGCCAUCAGAUCAACGGCUUCUGUGAAGCAUAGGUUGCUUAAGGGCCUCCCACUGGUGGAAAUAGAGGUAUGAUGGUUAUGAAGAGUUUCUCACACACUAUUUUCCUAGAGUAUGUUGAGCAGCAUAGGUGAUAGGAUGCAUUUCUGGUGGACACCCACUGUUGUCUAAAAGAAGUCUUAUUGUUGUUUGUUGAUGUCCACUCAUACUACACUCAUUGACCUCUUGUAUGGCACUUGGAUGACUUGAACAAAGCCCUUGGUGUUGAAUGUUCAUAUCGCAUUCCACAGUCCCUCUUGCCAGUCUAUCAAAUGCCUUUUUUAAAGUUUAUAGUUUUGAAGAAAUCUUACUGGUGUUGUAGAAUGUGAUAUCUGAAGAUAUGUUCAGCUGUGGUCCUUCUUGAGGCCAGCCUCUUUUUGUGCUAGCAGUCUCAUCAGUAUUGCUUGAGCUCUUUAGUUCUUUCAUCUUGCUGAACUGGCGUAGACAUUUCACAUGCUAAUGAAAGCCCCUUCUCUCAGCUUUAUUGGUGGCUUGGCUCCAGCAGCACACUGCCUUCCUGGAGCUUGGUGGUGGGAUGCAGUCAUUGUUAAUCCAGGCCAUGACUGAUCUGGCAUAGUACUUUGUUUCUUUUAUCCAUGUCCUUUCUCUGGACAGUUGGUGGAGACCCUAAAUCAGUGGUUCUUAACCUUGUUUGAGGUACCGAACCCACCAGUUUCAUAUGCACAUUCACCGAACCCUUUAGUACCAUCAUGAAUUUAUAUAAUCAAUCGGGUGUGUCUUGACCUCGUGGCGGAAGCUCUGCCAAACCCCUGAGACUGACUCACCGAACCCCUAGGGUCCGAUAGAACCCCAGUUAAGAACCACUGCCCUAGAUUAUUGGGGCACUCGGUAAUUUGCAAAUCUAACAUACCUAGUUUUACUCUUGUGUAGCGUGCAUGGAUUCAAACCCCUCCUCCCCAUUGGGCACUAGUGUUUUGGUAACCUACUCAAUUGGAGAAGCUUUAGACCAUUCAACCAUCAAAACACACUAGAUAACAUAAAUGCAUUUUUCUUCAAACAAUUGCAGAAAAAGUAUUUAUCAAUUUAAGUGCUAAUACUGUGUUAGUGUUGUGUUUUUAUACAUGUUAAACUUGCAUUUGACUACAAGUAAUGACAGAACAUCAGUUUUCAUAUAUGGUUUAUUACAAAAUGUAUGCAUGUUUUUACAUGAUGGGAAACAUUGUUUACAACUUUUGCACCAAAAAAGCCUUACAAUUUAGAGAUAAUUGAAAAAAAUUAGUUUACCAUGAUUAAAGGUAAUCAAGAAACUGCUGCUGGAGGCACACAUUUCAACUAUAAAGCAUGCCUGGUUCAUAUAUAUAUAUACCAUUCUGAUUGUUAAGUUCCUAUUUCACAGACUUAGGAUUCCACAUUCAGGAAUUAGAAUCUUGCACUAAUUUUCUCAAUCUUUUAAAUUUAAAAAGAAAUCCCAUCUUUUGAUGAAAAUUGCUUUUACCUCAUUGAAGAAGCUGAAUGAUUGUGUGGUUGAUGGAUUAAUCAUGGUUUUUGUAAAUCAUGAGUGCACACAAUGGUUUUAUUUGUACUGAAACCUUCAUAAGGAAUAUAUUUUAUUCAUAACAACACACCCUCAAGUUUAUAGAAAAUUGUCAAACUGUUUAGAAAUCACAUUGAAUGUUUGGCAAUGCUCCAGUAGGUAGGCAGCAUCUAAAUUGGCAAGAUACCUUCAUGACACUGAAGAGGUAGUUAUACUUAGAAUUCAUCAGGUUUGCAUAUAAUACCAGUGUGAGCAGUGAUUUCAUACUAUGUUUGCCAGCAGUCAAUGUAAACAUGGUAGUUUCUUUUAAAAAUUUUUAAUUUGUAAGUAUGUAAAUACCUUUUGUGUUAUAUUUGUUGUCUUGGCAUUACAUGAAAUAAAAGUUAUGAUAUGUUA